AUGUCUGAACUUACUCGAGCCGGUUUGGUUCGCUAUCUCGCUUUUUCCGCACUUUUCGCCUCGUUGUCGUCGGCUAGCAUUCCUCGGCGAUUUCCCCGGGAUAUCGAUGCAGGACCUGCAAACACUACCACAGUAACUGCGACUGUUACCGUGACUGCAUCUGCGGCUGGGGUAUCGGGAUCUGUUUACGAUGCGGCAAACACCACGAGUGCCUCGACUUUGGCAGCCUCGACUUCGGCAUCCUCAACUUUGGCAGCCAACGUAACAAGCACCUCCACAACUAGUGCCAACACGGACGCCGCUACUGGCAGCAAAUCUGUCAUGUACUUUCCCAACUGGGACAUUUAUGGAAGAAACUUCCAGCCUUCAGACCUCCCCGUCGACACAAUCACCCAUGUUCUCUACUCAUUCGCUAACGUACGACCUGGAACAGGAGAGGUCUACCUCAGCGACGAAUACGCCGACCUUCAGAAGCAUUAUCCCUCCGACAGCUGGAAUGACGUUGGGAACAACGUCUAUGGGUGUGUGAAGCAGUUGUACCUUCUCAAGAAACAGAAUCGACACAUCAAGACUUUGUUGAGCAUCGGCGGGUGGACAUACUCAGCGAAUUUCCCAGCCGCUGCUGCUACGGAAGCCGGCAGACAGAUGUUUGCUUCAUCUUCAGUGAAGCUGUUGAAGGAUUUGGGAUUCGAUGGACUGGACAUCGAUUGGGAGUAUCCUAAGGAUCAGACCGAGGCGGACAACUUUGUCCUCCUCCUUGGUGAGACCAAAGCAGCUCUUGCAAACUACUCUUCGACAUUGCCAUCCAAGCCGCACUUUCUCAUCACAGCCGCUGUCCCAGCCGGCCCUACCAACUACGAAAAGCUGAAGGUCAGCGGUAUGGAUGAGCACAUGGACUUUUGGAACUUGAUGGCCUACGACUACGCUGGUUCCUGGGACAAGGAAGCCGGGCAUCAGGCAAAUCUCUACCCCUCUACAAAGAACACCAACAGUACGCCUUUCAGCACUGAUGCUGCGGUUCAAUACUACUUGAAGAAUGGAGUAGCACCAGCGAAGCYGGUGUUAGGAAUGCCAUUGUACGGACGAUCUUUCACCCAAACCACUGGACCCGGGACGCCAUUCACAGGAGUUGGGUCCGGAAGCUGGGAGAAUGGAGUUUGGGACUACAAAGCUCUACCACAGUCUGGAGCCAAGGUCUUCUACGACGAAGAAUCCGUCGCUUCGUGGACGUAUGAUGAGUCUACACAAACGAUGGUGUCGUUUGACAGUCCUGAUGUCACCGCCGAGAAGCUCAAGUAUAUUCAGAAGCUCAAGCUCGGAGGCACCAUGUGGUGGGAGGCCAGUGGAGAUAAACCUGGGAACACUACUGAGUCAAAGUCGCUGGUUAAGAUUGCGGUUGACGCGAUGCCAAAAUUGGAGAUGUCGGAGAACAUUCUUGAUUAUCCCGAAAGUCAGUACGAGAAUCUCAAGAAGGGGAUGCCGUGA